CAGUUUUCGGCGUUGAUCAGGCGUUCGCCUGAGCCGCCUCAUCCAUUCCCUUUUCAUUCAAGAUGGCGGGUGACGAGUCUGGUACAACGCUUGGUCAGCCUCAUCUGGCCAGACAAGACCUUAAUUCUCUCGAUGUUUCCACUCUGACGCCUCUCUCCCAGGAGAUCAUCAGCCGACAGGCCACCAUCAACAUCGGCACCAUCGGCCACGUGGCCCACGGGAAGUCCACGGUGGUGAAGGCCAUCUCCGGCGUGCACACGGUGCGGUUCAAGAACGAGUUGGAAAGGAACAUCACCAUCAAGCUAGGAUAUGCCAACGCUAAGGUCUACAAGCUGGACGACCCCAGCUGUCCCAGGCCAGAGUGCUACAGGUCGUGUGGCAGCAGCACUCCGGACGAGUUUCAGUCCGACAUCCCCGGAACCAAAGGCAACUUCAAGCUGGUCAGACACGUGUCCUUCGUCGACUGUCCCGGUCACGACAUCCUGAUGGCGACCAUGUUGAACGGAGCCGCCGUGAUGGAUGCCGCCCUCCUGCUCAUUGCCGGUAACGAGUCGUGUCCUCAGCCCCAGACGUCGGAGCACCUGGCGGCCAUCGAGAUCAUGAAGCUGAAGCACAUCCUGAUCCUGCAGAACAAGAUCGACCUGGUGAAGGAGAGCCAGGCCAAGGAGCAGUACGAGCAGAUCCUCGCCUUCGUGCAGGGCACGGUGGCGGAGGGCGCCCCCAUCAUUCCCAUCUCUGCACAGCUGAAGUACAACAUCGAGGUGGUUUGCGAGUACAUCGUCAAAAUGAUCCCGGUGCCCAUCAGAGACUUCAUCUCCGAGCCCCGGCUCAUCGUCAUCAGGUCCUUCGACGUGAACAAGCCGGGCUGUGAAGUCGAUGACUUGAAAGGAGGCGUGGCCGGAGGAAGCAUCCUAAAGGGAGUCCUCAAGGUGGGCCAGGAGAUCGAGGUGCGACCAGGCAUCGUGUCCAAAGACCACGAGGGGAAGCUGAUGUGCAAACCCAUCUUCUCCAAGAUCGUCUCCUUGUUCGCCGAGCACAACGACCUCCAGUACGCCGCGCCCGGAGGCCUGAUCGGUGUGGGCACCAAGAUCGACCCCACGCUGUGCCGGGCGGACCGUAUGGUCGGUCAGGUGCUGGGCGCCGUCGGUGCGCUGCCGGAGAUCUUCACCGAGCUUGAGAUCUCCUACUUCCUGCUCCGAAGGCUGCUGGGAGUCCGCACCGAGGGGGACAAAAAGGCCGCCAAGGUCCAGAAGCUGUCGAAGAACGAAGUGCUGAUGGUGAACAUCGGCUCGCUGUCGACGGGCGGCCGCGUCAGCGCCGUGAAGGCCGACCUCGCCAAGAUCGUCCUCACCAACCCCGUCUGCACCGAGGUCGGGGAGAAGAUCGCUCUGAGUCGACGUGUGGAGAAACAUUGGCGUCUGAUUGGAUGGGGGCAGAUCAGGAGGGGCGUGACCAUCACACCCACAGUGGACGACGACUGAGGAGGAAGCAGCUGACGUCUCAAACAUCACACUCUUCUUCAUUGCUCUUGUUUUGGGUUGUUUCCUGACAGAGGGAGGGAGGGAACAGGACACAUCAGUGUUUUAAAGCUUGUUUCUCCAUUUGCUCCUCUUCCUCGGCAGCAACACUGGGAGGUCGAGUUCAGCCUUUCUACUUGGGUGGUUUUACUUUUUUGUUUCUGCAGAAGAAGAUCGGGGAGGAGGAGGAGUUCCAUUCAGUACAUAAAUAAUUUCAGUAAAAUCUAAUAAAAUGCAUUUGGAAGAAAA